AUGUCUUCCUACAGACAGAUGCUCAGCUCCCGCUGCCUCACACCCUGCGAGGUGACCUGCCCGCAGCCAAUCGCCAACGCCUGGAACCAGCCCUGCGUCACAUCCUGUGGCGAUUCGAGAGCUGUGAUCUACCCACCACCCGUGGUCAUGACCUUCCCAGGACCCAUUCUCAGCUCCUGCCCUCAGGAGAGAGGCAGCUCAGCACCAUCCAACAUUGGGAGCUUGUUUGGAUCCAUGAGCUCUCUGGGUCCCAGCAGCUCCUACAGCUCUAGGAGCUUGUACAAUUACGGGAAGUCAUAUUCUUCCUACGGAUCGUGUGGUUACGGGUUUGGGAGCUGCAGACCGUGUUAA